UUGAACUAUACUGACAGUUGUUUCACAUGAUCCAAGUUGACAUAAACCAUAACAGCUGUUACACUAUAUAUAAUAUAUUUAAUUAAUAUAUAUUAUUUAUCAUGAAUGAACAAAACAUUCCCAUAGAUAUUAACGUCAGUAGAUUGUUGGAAUGGUUGAUCAGUAGAAGACAUUGUAAAAAAGAUUGGUAUUCAAAAGCUGUAGUUAUUAGAGAAAAAAUAAGCGAUGCCAUAAAAGAUAUGCCAGUCAGAGAUGAUGUUGCAUGUUUAUUAUCUACCAUUGAUAUCAAUUACUUUGACUGUCUUAAAUUAAUUGAAAUUUUGAAAGAAACUGAAGCAAAUACUAAAAAUAUGUUUGGAAGAUAUGGGUCACAAAGAAUGAAGGAUUGGCAGGAAAUUAUGUCUCUGUAUGAAAGAGAUAAUAUAUACCUCGCAGAAGCUGCACAAAUGUUGAUGAAAUUUGUCAAAUACGAUGUACCUAGUUUAAAGAAACAAAUACAAAAAUUACAACAAACACAAGAUGAUUUAGAUAAAGAGACAGAAAAAUAUAAAAAAUCAGAAAGAACGGCGAAAGCUGAAUUCGAUGCUCUAUGUAAACAAUUAAAUAUACCUGGUAAAAAUAUUCGAGUUGAAUUAUGUGAAACUGCUAAAACCGAAUUACCAAAAAUUUGUUCCAAAAUAGCGGAAAAAGCUAAAUCUUUGGACGAUGUUAUUAAUUUUUACGAAGCAUAUGUGCAAUUUACCAGUGGAAAAGAAAUUAAUGAAGAUAGUUUGAAAUGUUUAAAACAUGUGAUAGAAAAAGGAAAUACUAUGGUGACAGAAUAUUUGCAAGAAGAUUCGUCACAACAAUUAACGUCUAGUUCUGAUUUUGACAUCGUCGUUGUCGAAGAUAGUAAUGAAAAACAAACGGAAGAAAUUUAUGAUAUAAGAAUAGAAAGUGAUGAUAGUUAUAUGGAAAAUAUCAAGUGUGAGAAUUCUGGUAUAGAUAUAAUAUGUUUGGAAGACGAAUCAGUGGUUGAUUUUCCCGCUCCGACUAUUCUAGAACAUCAAACAAUGAUAGACUUUAUGAAUGAUUUAUUCGAAUUGGAAGCAUUUUUAAAAAUGCGCAAAUAUGAAUUUCAAGAAAAUAAGGAAGAUUUGAUGGCCUUCAGUAAUAUACAAGAGAUAUCAGAAAUUGUACAACUUUCUAAUUUACAAAGCGUACAAAGUAUGUUGCAUAAAAUUCAAAGUAUUAUUUCCGACAUGUCAGACAGUAAAUAUCAACACUUAUAUUCUAUCAGAAAUCUUCCAAGUUACGCGGAUACAUUAACGUUAUCAUUGCAACAAAAAUUAGCAGUAGUUGAGAGAAUGUUAAAGUAUCAAGAAACUUCUGUACAAAAGAAGAAAGAAGCGCAAGAACGUAUAAUAAAUUUGCAGCCUGUAUUAAAUCAUGCUGUACAAAGAAUGAAAGAAUUACAGACUGAGAUAGAACAAGAUAUUUCUAAAAAAUAUCAAAAUAGAGUUGUGCAUAUCAGGGGAGGUCCUAUCUUGUAAUAAUAGUAAUAAU